UACAUAAUGCACCGAAUUUGACGCUUAAAUACACAGCCCACAAUCUUUUGCUGUACCAACAUGCCAACAAGUGUUAUCUACCCUAAAUCUUCCUAAGAUCUGACGUUAGACUUUGAUCAGUAAACAAACGGUCAAGAAAGUUGUAACUGUGUCUUUUCGCAAAAGCAGCCUGGUUAAGAGGAAUUUUGCUGGAAUACGUUUAAUAAUUCCUACUCCGUUUGGAACUCGGCAGCGGGACGAACAACUUUAUUUAUACCGACCGUAGGCCUAUCGCCUGCCUGAAGUCAUGGCGAGCAACUUGGAGCAUUCCGCUGGUCUCGCUGCGGAUACGACAGAGAAGUCUAUUUUCAACAUCUUGCCUGAUUUGCCGGCUGGUCCUCUAGAUAUAUAUCGCCACAAAGCAUCCUUCGAUUGGAAACAGCUGAAAGUGGCAAUUGAGGGUGAGGAAGCUCUCAGAUUCCAGUACCAAGUAUGGAAGACGAUGGAGGAAGACCCUCUAUUUCAACACAGCCAAGAGCCUUUAACGAUGGCAAAGGCCAGGCAAGUCACGUUUCGUCAAGCUCGACGCUUGUUUGAAUACAGAUUCCCGGAAUCGUUGUCCAACAACAUCUCUGCAAAUGCAUGGCUUCUAAGGGUUCUGAUCAUGUAUGACAUGGCUCUGUUCGCUAAGUUCAACCUCAACAGAAUUAUGUUUGGGGAAACACUACGAAACUCUGGUUCAUCUCGACAUGAAACCUUGGCACAACAGUCACAGAAACUUGAGGCAAUGGGCUGCUUCGCCUUGACAGAGCUAUCUCACGGCACAAACACCAAAGCUAUGCGUACUACAGCUAUCUAUGACCCAAGUACAAAGGAGUUUGUUCUCAACACUCCUGACUUUGAGGCGACCAAGGUAUGGGUAGGGAUCCUGGGGAAGUCAGCUACACACACCAUCGUCUUCGCCCAGCUCUACACACCAGACGGGCAGUGCCACGGCCUGAAUUCCUUUGUAGUAGCUGUAAGAGAUCCCAACACUCUGCUACCCAUGCCUGGUAUCCUGGUUGGCGAUCUGGGGGAGAAACUUGGUCAGAAUGGCCUGGACAAUGGAUUUGUAGCCUUCCAUAAUGUGCGCAUACCCAGAGAGAACAUGUUGAACCGGCUCGGUGAUGUAACCGAGAGUGGAAAGUUUGUUACUCCGAUUGAGGAUCCUAAGGAGAGAUUUGGAGCGUCUUUAGCUGCCUUGUCUGGCGGGAGGGUGGGCAUCACAUCCAUUGCCGUCUGCAACCUCAGACUAGCUAUCUCCAUCGCUGUGCGCUACUCUGCAGUCAGGAGGCAGUUUGGACCUACAUCGGACGAAGAGCUACCAGUGCUAGAAUAUCAAAUGCAGCAAUGGAGGUUGAUACCCUACAUAGCUGCUUCGUUUGUCACAUUCCGAUUGGCAGAAAACAUCAAUUUACACUAUGCCAAACUAGCAAGAGCAGUGGCCACUGGGGACAAGACCAUCAACGCGCUGGAGCUGGGUAAAGAGAUGCAUGUGUUAUCCAGUGCCAGCAAGCCCCUUGGUAGCUGGUUAGCUAGGGACUGCAUACAGGAAUGCAGGGAGGCCUGUGGGGGCCAUGGGUACCUGUGGGUGAACAGAUUUGGCAUAUUGAGGAACGACAAUGAUCCUAACUGCACGUAUGAAGGGGAUAACAACGUUCUGUUACAGCAGACCAGUAAUUACCUACUUGCCAUGGCACUCAGGUUACAGAAAGGCAAAAAGGUGGCAUCCCCAUUGGGUUCAGUAGAUUUCCUGAAUUCAGCAGAUGCUAUCGCUAAGCAGAAGUUCACAGCUUCAACCUCAGAAGAUGUUAAGAAACCAAAGGUUCUCUUGGACGCCUAUCGGUGGCUGGUGGUCUAUCUCCUGCAGGAGAGUGGUCAGAAGUUCCAGGCCCAGCUGAUGGACGGGAAUGACAUGUUCACUGCAAGGAACGAGACCCAGGUCUUCUUUUGUAGGACCCUCUCCUUGGCGUUUAUUGAGUCUGUGGCUUUGUCGCACUUCCUGGACUUCAUCAGGACUGGUGACCUGAUCCCUGAACAGACUGCUGUCCUCACUAAACUCUGUAGUCUGUAUGGUCUCUGGAGUCUAGAGAAACAUAUGGCCACUCUCUAUCAAGGUGGGUACAUCUCUGGACCACAACCGGCCAGCCUGAUCCGGGACUCCAUCUUGGAACUGUGCAGAGAGCUCAAGGAUGAAGCAGUAGCUCUUGUUGAUGUCUUAGCCCCUCCUGAUUUCAUCCUCAACUCACCCAUUGGAGCGUCAGAUGGGCAGGUUUACAAACGUCUUUACAACGCCAUCCUGCAGACUCCCAAGUGCCUUGAGAGGCCUGACUGGUGGAAGGAAUUCCUGGACACACCCAUCGUUGGUUCUGCCCCUCCUGCUAAGCUCUGAGCAUCCCAGAAGUGAUAAUUUAUGCAGGAAACAUAUUUUUAAAUUACCUUGCCAUAUAUUAGACAUUUUAUUGAAGGGGGGAAAGCAUAGUGUAAUUAUUGUCUGUUGUGAGACAGAAAGGUAUUGUACAUAAAUUAAGACCCUUCGGGCUCUCAGCAUUCAAUUUGAAUAAAAUGUUUAAGAGACAUCUAUACAGAGUGAGUC